AUGCCAUCCCUGCCGAGUCUGGUCGCCUCGCUAUUGCUGGCGGGCAGCACCUUCGGGGCGCAAGCCGCGGCGAAGGAGCCCUCCGCCCAUGGCCAUAAGAUGGCGCCCAAGGUGUUCAUCGUCUCCAUGUUUGAACCGGAAGGGCAAGCAUGGUGGAACAUCCCGGAAUUCAACCUGUUGGCACACAAUAUCACUAUCCCGGGUUUGUCGCCUCUCUAUCCGGAUGUGCACUGCACCGAGGACUAUGAGGUCUGCCACAUGAUCACCGGAGAAUCGGAAAUCAAUGCGGCCACCUCCGUCUCUGCAGUGGCCUUCUCGCCGCUGUUCGACCUCACGCGAACCUAUUUCUUCGUGGCAGGAAUCGCGGGCGUGAACCCCAAGCGAGCCACCACUGGCUCGGCCAUGUUUGCUCGCUAUGCGGUCCAGGUGGCCUUGCAGUAUGAAAUUGACAUCCGCGAGCUCCCCCAGACCUAUUCGACCGGCUACAUUCCCCUCGGCUCGGACUUUCCGGACCAGUACCCGACCAGCAUCUACGGGACCGAGGUCUUCGAGCUCAACGCGGACCUGCGCAGUAUCGCGGCGGACUUUGCCCGCCACGCCCGGUUUUCUGACUCGGCCGCUGCCCAAGUCUACCGGGCGCACUAUGCCAAUUCGAGUGAGUACCAUGCUGCGACUUUGGCCCCCGGGGUGGUCGAGUGUGACGUCGCGACCUCGGACGUCUACUAUAGCGGCAGCAUUUUGGGAACUGCCUUCGAGAACACGACCACACUGUUCACCAAUGGCACGGGUGACUACUGCUCCACGGCGCAGGAAGACAAUGCCACCCUGGAAGUGCUCGUCCGUUCCUCUUCUCACAAGCUGACCGACUUUGCUCGGAUCAUUGUCAUGCGCACUGCCUCUGACUUCGACCGUCCGUACCCCGGAUCCUCCGCGACGUACAAUCUACUGUAUUCGGACCAGGGUGGAUUUGAGCCCGCGUUGGAGAAUAUCUACCGGGCCGGCAUCCAGGUGGUCCAAGGCAUCCUGCGUGGCUGGGACGCGACUUUCGCCAAGGGUAUCAAGCCGCGCAACUACAUUGGUGACAUCUUCGGUACUUUGGGUGGCGAGCCGGACUUUGGGCCGGGAUCCGCUCAGGCACUGGUCGACAGCGGUGCAUUCAAGAAGAGAAGCGUGAACGACCGCCUCCGACGACGCGGCUGA